GCUUGGCGCAGGGGCGGCUCUGAAUGGUUUAAACGACCUCUCAGCGGCUCACAUCAUUGAUCGAGGUAGCGCUGGGCAAAUGGAAGUGCUCUCUCUCAUCUUGUCAUAGUUUGUGAGGAAGUCACGUUAGAAAUGUUGUGUUGAUGUAAAAAUACCAAUGAAUAAUCAGUUCAGACAAGCAAAUAAAAAUCAUUUUAUUGUCCAUUUUCGGUAGCAGGUUGAAUGCAGAUGCCUGGAGGUAAUCAAAUCACUUACAUUGGCUUGGGGUGUACGGUAUAAUAAGUUUACAAGUGGCAGACAAAAAAAAAAGUUUGUAAUUUUCGCUAAAUGCUAAAAAGUAUCUUUUGGAUAAUACUAUGUGUGGAAUGGUAAUUUAAAUGGUAAAAAUUCUAGAUAUUUUUUUCUUCUAAAAGUGCUAUGGAAACUUUAAAUUUCACAAGCUUAAACGGUUCUGACUCUACCAUUGUCCCUGGAGACGUUGUGAACGAAACGUCAGUGACAGGUUCAUGGAACUACUCGGAUAUUUGGGAUAACACGACGUCGUCGACGGCACCAUCAGCAGCGACCGACCUAGACGAUUUCUACGACUACGACUACGACGCGGCGGUGUCGAGCAUCCCCCUGCACGAGGUGAUCCCCGUAUCGCUGGCCUACAGCAUCACCCUCGUGUUCGGCAUCUGCGGCAACUUCCUCGUCAUAUUCGCCGUCUGCCGCUACCGACGUCUGCGCAGCAUCACCAACGCCUUCCUCACGAGUCUGGCAUCGGCCGAUCUCCUGCUCGUCACGAUAUGCGUCCCGGUAAAGUGUGCAGCGUUCUUCUCGUUCACGUGGGCGUUCGGCUGGUUCCUGUGUAAAUUUGUCUUCUACAUGCAGACAGUGUCAGUGCUCUGUUCAGUCAUGACGUUAACGGUGAUGAGCAUAGAAAGGUUUAUAGCAAUCAUAUUUCCACUGAGAGCCAAAUCUCUAUGUACGGGUGCGCAUGCGCGAAUAGUAAUCAUCGUUUCGUGGAUUCUGUCGUUCUUCAUGGCCACACCCAUUUUAGUGGGACAGAAACACAAGGAGGUUGGAGAUAUUCGCAAGGCCUACUGGUGUGUGAAGGAGUGGUCGAAGCCGAGCCUGGCCAUCGUAUUCGAGGUGUACAUGCUCGUGGUGAUCUUCGUCAUACCGGUGCUCGUCAUGAUAAUGGCUUACACCGCCAUCUGUGUCGAACUCUUCCGAAUGUCCAAACUCCGCACGGGCAUGGGCAUCAACAAGUACGUCGUGAUCCAGAUGCUCAUCCUGGUUGUGCUCCUGUUCAUCGUGUGCUGGGGACCCAUCUUGAUCGACAACCUCCUGGUGUCGGUGGGUCUCAUCGAGAAGCUACACAUCGGUUACCUCAAACCCAUGAGACAGGCCUUCUUCCUAAUGUCCUACAUGAACAGCUGUGUCAAUCCCAUCGUGUACGGCUUCAUGUCGAAAAACUUCAGGGACAGCUUCAAGGAGGUUAUCUUCUCGUGCCUCAGACGCAAGGAACGCCAGAGGACGUUCCAGAAACUGAACCAGAAUGCCAGGUGUUCGAGGAAAGCCAGAACUCCCGUCAGCGAGAACAGGCUUACCAUUAGUAACACGCAGACGACAAGUCUGACGUCAUUGACAGUGCCAGUGCAUGGGUAUCGAGAACCUCAGUGAUGUGUAAUUGUCUGUGACCUUGUUAUGUAUGUAUAUACUCGUAUAUAGUUGCUUAGUUCAACACGGUGGUGUUUUGAAAAUAUGAGUUGUGUACAAAUACGUUUCUCGGGUCAAAGUCUGUGCCCAGAACAAUUAUGCUUGUCGGUGGACUGUUUAUACAUAUGUACGUGCUUAUAUCCACUUAAGAUUCAACCACGCUGUCCUGGACACACACGCUGUCUGUCCGGGAGAGUAUGUUAGUGGUUAGUUUGUCAGUGGUUAGUGAGGUUAGUGAGAGAGAAGUCGGUGUAGC